AUGGUUGUCGUGGGGAACAUCUAUGUCAUCACGGCUGUGUCCGUCGUUGGCGGUGCGCUGUUUGGAUUCGAUAUCUCGUCCAUGUCAGCCAUUAUCAGCACGCCGGCAUACAAGUGUUACUUUAAUCACGGUCCUCAUGGCCCUCCUUUCAACGAUGAUGAUAACUGCAGUGGUCUCAGUUCCCUGGCUCAGGGUGGUGUCACUGCUGCUAUGCCUGGUGGUUCAUGGCUGGGUGCUUUAAUUUCUGGAUUCAUUUCCGACCGUCUUGGUCGCAAGUACGCUAUUAUGGUUGGAUGUAUUAUUUGGGUUAUCGGUUCCAUUAUCGUUUGUGCUUCCCAAAACAUGGGUAUGCUCAUUGCCGGACGUAUCAUCAACGGUCUCAGCGUCGGUAUCGAAUCUGCCCAGGUCCCCGUCUAUAUCUCAGAGAUUGCACCACCUUCCAAGCGUGGUCGUCUCGUCGGCUCCCAGCAGUGGGCUAUCACCUGGGGUAUUCUCAUCAUGUACUACAUCUCAUUCGGUUGCUCUUACAUCGGUCACGGCAACAGCUCAACCUCUCACAACUACAGCGAGUCUGUCUUCCGUAUUCCCUGGGGUGUGCAGAUGGUCCCCGCUGUUCUUCUCUUCAUUGGAAUGAUGUUUCUGCCCGAGUCUCCCCGUUGGUUGGCCCGCCACGACCGAUGGGAGGAGUGCCAGUCUGUUCUGGCUCUGGUUCACGGCAAGGGCGAUGCCAACAGCCCAUUCGUUGUCGCAGAGAUGCAAGAGAUUCGUGACAUGUGCGAGUUUGAGCGUGCCAACAAGGAUGUCUCAUACAUGGAACUCUUCCACCCCAAGAUGAUUCACCGCACCAUGACUGGUAUCUGGACUCAAAUUUGGUCUCAACUGACAGGUAUGAACGUCAUGAUGUACUACAUCACUUACGUCUUCGGCAUGGCUGGCUACGAGGGCGACGCUACUCUGCUUGCAUCAUCUAUCCAAUACAUUAUCAACGUUGUCAUGACUGUCCCCGCUUUGAUUUGGGUUGACCGAUGGGGUCGUCGUCCGACUCUCCUUAUCGGUGCAACCCUCAUGAUGAUCUGGAUGUUUGCCAACGCUGGUAUCAUGGCCAGCUACGGUGAAGUCGUUCCCGGUGGUAUUGGAGGAGUGGCCGAGGAGUCUAUGCGCCUGAGCGGUGCCCCCGCCAAGGGUCUCAUUGCCUGUACUUACCUGUUCGUCGCCUCCUACGCCCCCACCUGGGGUCCUGUCUCCUGGGUCUACCCUCCCGAGCUUUACCCUCUCCGUGUGCGUGGUAAGGCUGUUGCCUUGGCCACCUCCUCCAACUGGGCUUUCAACACUGCCCUCGGUCUGUUCGUGCCUACUGCCUUCGCUACUAUCCGUUGGCAGACAUACAUCAUUUUCGGUGUCUUCCUCGCUGUCAUGCUUCUCCACGUGUUCUUCCUCUUCCCCGAAACCGCUGGCAAGACCCUCGAAGAGACUGAGCAGAUCUUCGAAGAUCCUAACGGUAUUCCUUACAUUGGUACUCCUGCUUGGAAGACCUCCCACGAUACUAAGCGCACCGUGGCUGCUGAGUCUGGUGAUGUCGAGGCGCUUGGUGAGAAGCUGGCUGGUGCGGAGAAGCGCACAGCUGCUCAUACCGAGGAGCUUUAG